AUGGCAACAACUCCUCCCCUCCAAGCCCCAGCGGCAAUCCCCCUCCCUCCCCCUCCACCAAGCGACUUCCUGUCCCAAGACCAAUGGGACAUGCUCUGGGCCCUGCUAGACGGCAUCCAGCCGUCCUACGUCAGGGCCUCCGCGGUCACGGACCAGGAGACGCAGAUUGCCAUCCCGGACGCCGAGUUCGACCGCCUCGUCGACAGCGUCACGAAUUCCUUCGAAAACCCUCCGAGCAAGGAGCUGGUCGCCGAGUACCUCGCCUUCCGACCGGCGGAGCAUGCGCCGUUUCGGGUCGACUGUCUGCGCAGCUUGGCCGCGUCGCCGGCAAAGGCUAAGCUUGCCAAAGUCCUCGGAUCGUUGGGGACACGCACGGGAAGCCUCUUGUUGACGGGCUACUGGAGCCCCAUCACCCAGCAGCCCACCAGCGUGCGCGAGGCCAUCGUCAAGUCUUGGACCACUUCGAGACUCACAGCGAUCAGGGGGCUCGCCAAGUCCCUCGCCACCCUGGCUAACAAGGCCAACUGCACCACGAACCCCUACUUCCAGAAGCUCUGCGGAUACUCCGACGUGCCCAAGGACUGGAAGCCCGUCCAAGGGUUCGACUUCAACUUCAUCCAGCUGCCGCCCGGGGACGACGUGCACGAAAUCGCCACCGACGUCGUCAUCGUCGGCUCCGGCCCGGGCGGCGGCGUCUGCGCAAAGAACCUGGCGGAGGCAGGCCACAAGGUCCUCGUCGUCGACAAGGGCUACCACUUCCCUCCGUCUUCCCUCCCCAUGCCGCAAGUCGCCGCGCUCAACUACCUCUUCGACAACGGCGGCGGCGCCUACGUCAGCGAAGACGCGAGCACCGCCCUCACGUCCGCCAGCUGCUGGGGCGGCGGCGGCACCAUCAACUGGAGCGUGUGCUUCAAGCUGCAGGACUUUGUCCGCCAGGAAUGGGCCGGCGAGGGCCUCCCGCUCUUCGCGUCGCGCGACUUUGACGAGUGCGUCGACCGCGUCUGGGAGUACAUCGGCGCCGGCACGGAGACUGUCCGCCACAACUUCCGCAACAGCGCGCUGCUCGAGGGGUGCAAGAAGCUGGGCUGGCACGCGGGCGUCGCCGCCCAGAACACGGCCAACAGGCACCACGACUGCGGCCACUGCCAUCUCGGCUGCGGAUCGGGCGUCAAGAGAGGGCCCGCGGUGAGCUGGCUGCCGGCCGCGGCCGCGGCGGGCGCCGAGUUCAUGGAGGGCUUCAGCGUCGAGAGGGUGCUCUUCGACAGCGACGGCACGACGGCCACAGGCGUUCGGGGGACGUGGACCUCGAGAGAUGCCGAUGGUGGCCUUCACAAGGACGUUGCAGAACGGACGCAGCGCAACGUCGUCAUCACGGCGAAGAAGGUCAUUCUGUGCGCUGGGAGCUUUUGGAGUCCCGUCAUCCUGAUGAAGAGCGGCGUCCAG